GCUUAUCACUGUGAUACAAGAAGAUUCUCAUCUCAUCGGGGCUGGUCUCUGGUUGUGAUCGUAUCCAAUAUUUUCAGUAUUUGAGCUACUACGUCAAGAGGACAAAGACGCCGAGCCCAUUUUGUAUUUUUCUUUUCCUGUUGCUGCAUCCCAUCUCCGUCUCGAUCUCCAUUUUUCCCUCCUUCACUUCACAGCCGAGAAGCCGAGAGCAACGGGAUUUGACAAAAGAGGGCGAGAAAAAAAACUCAAAUUCCUGUGAUUAGUGUGCUUUUCCGCUGGCAUCUGCGCUCCGUUUAGCCCAUCGCGGCGCCGUGUGACAUCAGCCCAGCGUCCGCCCAGCCAGCAUGCACAAACACCACCACUGCUGCAAGUGUCCAGAAUGUUAUGAGGUGACCCGAAUGGCGGCCCUGCGUAGGAUGGAUGCCCCAGCCUACGGGGGAGACUGGCAGGCAGAGCCCUAUGGAUACCCGCCCGGGUAUGGAGGAGGCCAAACCUUACCCGCUCCGGCCUCGGGGGGAGGAGGCAACAUGGGUGGAGGAGGAGGAGGUGGCGGAGGAGGAGGAGGAGGAGGUGGAGGAGGGGGAACCUUAGGUAGAAGUAAGGGCAAGAUGAUGUCUGGCGGUGGGCCUGGAGGCCCCAAUCCUAAAGGCCAAUCCAAAGGGGGGCCGAAAGUAAAUGGCAACAACUCAAGUGGACAAGGAGGAUGGUGGCCUGAGUGCACCUGCACCAAUCGGGAGUGGUAUGACCAGGCCAACCCUCCCCCCAUCAUUGUCAACGCAGACUCACUAGAUGCAGGCCCUUAUGUGAAUGGCAGUGAUGGCAUGUACAAGUAUGAGGAGAUCAUUUUGGAGAGGGGGAACUCCGGCCUGGGUUUCAGCAUCGCGGGAGGCAUCGAUAAUCCUCACAUUCCCGACGAUCCGGGGAUCUUCAUCACCAAGAUUAUUCCUGGAGGAGCAGCCGCCAUGGACGGAAGGCUGGGGGUUAACGACUGCGUCCUGCGCGUGAACGACGUGGACGUGUCGGAGGUGGUCCACAGCAGGGCGGUGGAGGCCCUGAAGGAGGCAGGGCCGGUGGUGCGUCUGCUGGUGAGGCGAAGGCAGGCCCCGCCCGAGACCAUCCUGGAGGUGAACCUGCUCAAAGGGCCCAAAGGACUUGGAUUCAGCAUUGCCGGAGGGAUCGGCAAUCAGCACAUCCCGGGCGAUAACAGCAUCUACAUCACCAAGAUCAUCGAAGGAGGAGCUGCCCAAAAAGAUGGACGGCUGCAGACAGGAGACCGCCUGCUAGCUGUGAACAACAUCGUGCUUCAGGACGUGCGUCACGAGGAGGCGGUGGCCGCCCUGAAGAACACGUCCGAUAUGGUUUACCUCAAGGUGGCCAAGCCAGGACCGGUGCACCUCAAUGACAUGUACGCCCCGCCGGACUAUUCAAGCACUUUCCCCACCAUGGUGGACAACCACGUGAGCCACAACUACAUGGGCGCCAUGGAGCCUAAGCCCCCCUACCCGCCGGCCCAGGUCACCCCGUCCAGGUACUCGCCAGUUCCUCGCCACAUGCUUGGGGAGGAAGACUUCACCAGAGAGCCAAGGAAGGUGUUGCUGCACAAGGGCUCCACCGGGCUGGGCUUCAACAUCGUGGGCGGGGAGGACGGCGAGGGCAUCUUUGUCUCCUUCAUCCUGGCAGGGGGUCCGGCUGACCUGAGCGGCGAGCUGAGGAGAGGCGACCGCAUUCUGUCUGUGAACGGUGUGAAUCUAAGGAAUGCGACGCAUGAGCAGGCGGCGGCUGCCCUGAAGAGAGCCGGACAGACUGUCACCAUCAUUGCUCAGUACAGACCUGAAGAGUACAGCCGCUUUGAGUCCAAGAUCCACGACCUGAGGGAGCAGAUGAUGAACAGCAGCAUGAGCUCAGGAUCCGGUUCCCUGCGCACCAGUGAGAAACGCUCCAUCUAUGUCAGAGCUUUGUUCGACUAUGACCGGACGAGGGACAGCUGCCUGCCCAGCCAAGGGCUAAGCUUCUCCUACGGCGACAUCCUCCAUGUCAUCAAUGCUUCUGAUGACGAGUGGUGGCAGGCCAGACUGGUGACGCCACACGGGGAGAGCGAGCAGAUCGGGGUCAUUCCCAGCAAGAAAAGAGUGGAGAAGAAGGAGCGGGCCAGGUUAAAAACAGUCAAGUUCCACGCCCGGACUGGCAUGAUUGAGUCGAACAGGCAGCCAGUCAAAGUAAAGCGCAAAAAAAGCUUCAACCUGUCGCGAAAGUUCCCGUUUUACAAGAGCAAGGAGAAUAUUGUGCAGGAGUUGGUGGAGUCUGAACAAUGCCUGACGUCCAACACAAGCGACAGUGAAAGCAGUUCAAAGGGCCAGGAAGACACCAUCCUCUCCUACGAGCCAGUCAUUCGACAAGAAAUCCACUACACAAGACCCGUGAUCAUCCUGGGCCCCAUGAAGGACCGAGUCAACGACGACCUCAUCUCUGAGUUCCCUCACAAGUUUGGCUCCUGUGUGCCCCACACGACUCGUCCGAGGCGAGAGAACGAGAUGGACGGUCAGGACUACCACUUUGUGGGCUCGCGCGAGCAAAUGGAGAAAGACAUCCAAGACAAUAAGUUCAUCGAGGCGGGCCAGUUCAACGAGAACCUGUACGGGACCAGCAUCCUGUCGGUCAGAACUGUGGCUGAAAGGGGGAAGCACUGCAUUCUGGACGUGUCGGGCAACGCCAUCAAACGACUGCAGCAAGCACAACUUUACCCGAUUGCCAUCUUUAUUAAACCAAAAUCCAUCGAAGCCCUCAUGGAAAUGAACAAGCGGCAGACGUACGAGCAGGCCAAUAAAGUCUUUGACAAGGCCGUGAAACUUGAGCAAGACUUUGGCGAGUUUUUCACAGCUAUCGUCCAGGGCGACUCGCUAGAGGAAAUCUACAACAAAAUCAAGCUCAUCAUCGAGGAGCAGUCCGGUCCGUACAUCUGGAUCCCCUCCCCAGAGAAGCUCUGAGCACCUUGCCUGCCCGCCAUCACACCGCCACCACCUCGCAUCGCUGCAGAGAGCUCCCACCCCCCCCCCCCAUCUCUUUUUACAGCUAUGUUUCAUAUAAAGUUUUAGUGUCAUCAUUAUGUUACUCUCUAAAUGGAAAAAGAAGUUUUCUCACCAUUGAUUACUGUGCCACCCCCUGCAUGAAUUUCUCGACGCCGGCCAUUCUAGACUGGAACGGAGGUCCUUCAUUUUUUUUUUUUGUCAUAUGAAAAACAAAAACAAAAACAGGGGAAAGGGAAUUGAUCCUUUUUGUCAACAGACUGAAGAUGGGAAUGUUUUCAUGAGGAAAGGAAAGGGAGAGAGAGAGAGAGAGCGAGAGGAGUGGCAGGGGGAACAGAGACAAAUUACGCCGAGUCGGAACACUUUGUAAAUGUUCAUCCAAUCACAUUUUAAAAAGAUGACAUACGCAAAGAUGAGAGACCUUUUUUUUUUUUGUCCCACCCCCACCAAAAUGACUGGUUGAGUGGAGCCCUACUGACGGUACUGUUGUUUCUAGGGAAUUAUUUAUCAUCUCGACAGGACAAAUCCCUACAUUUAUAUAACGACAUCAACAAGAUGAAUAAAGUCCUACAGAUUUUACUAUACAUAUAUAUAUAUAUAGAGAGAGAGAGAGCGAGAGAGUGCGUGCGUGUGAGUGAGAGAAAAACAAGUACAGUUUUACACUUCACUAGAAUGGUCCAUUUGGAGGGCUUGUUUGGAUUGUUUUUUUUUUUUUUUUUGGCUCGUGACUUUUUUAACAUUUUGGGGGGGGGGGGGAUACUACACUGAGUAAAGGCGGGCUGGGGGGGUAGAGAUGUGUAAGUGGGCUCUGCAAAACACCAAACUGCCUUACAUCCAAUACUGACUGACCACUUGUUGUCCUCCUUUGAGUGCAAUAGCCCCCCUCCCCCCCCCCCCCCCCCCCCCCCCCCCCCACACACACACACUACGACCACUAUAACAACAAUCAAUCCAUCCAAUUAGGAUUUACUUUACACCCCCACCCCCAUAACUAAAGAGUGUGGAGCUGCAGACCACCCUCGUACACUCUCUGCCUUCCAAAAAGGUUUUUUUUUUUUUUUGUUUUGUUUUGUUUUGUUCUUGUUUGUUGAUCUGUUUUACUGGUCACACGGUACUGUCCUAUCUGCUGCCAUGGCGGCAGCCUUUUAACGGGUAGAACAAGACAAUAAUUGUAUUGGAUGUGAUGCCCAUUAAAAAAAAAAAAAAAAAAAGCUGUUUUGGAUUGUCCAAAAAAAAAAAAAAACACUAAAGUUGAGCCUAAUUAAAGCUUUGUGUUAUGUA